AUGGCCUCGCUGGCCGCGGCCCGGGCCCCCGCCCCGCGGGCGGCAUCCCGCUCCCCCGGCCGCGGCCCCUCUCGCGGCGGCGAGAGGCGCACGAACGCCCCGGACACCGCCCAGGAUACACAGUCGAGGUCAGUGGAUUUGAAUCACGUCAUCGCACUACUGAAAGAUUCGGGCUCAAAAGAUUUGGAAAAAGAGCAGCUGAAAACUCUCAAGAAGGUAGUCAAGCAUUUUGAAAAUGGACUUCCCCUUAAGGAUGUAGCACAAAUCACUGAAAUUCUUAACCUGUGUGCAGAAAAAAUGAAUGAACAAGAAGCUUUCACUGAGCCUUUAUGUGAACUUAUUAAAUUGUUUGAGUUACCAUUUCAAAAAAAGAAAUUCUCUGAUAAAGCAAACUAUUCAGAUGAAGUUUCACAAUCCAUUGCACAACUGGGUUACUUGAUGAGAGUGCCAAGCUCUCAAGUUAAAAUACAAAUCUGUAAGAGUAUUAUUAACUUUUAUAAUACAGAGUUACCAGGAAAACUACUUUCAGGUUACCAGCCAACAAGUCCAAUCUAUAAAAUCAAGAUGGCUGAAGCAGGAGGAUUAGCAGAAGCUCUUGUUUUGUCACUAGCAUUAGUUGAAAAUCAACUUACUGAGAAGUUGUGGGUACUUAAAGCUCUUCAGCAUCUUUCCACCUCUGAAAUAAGUUGUGGACAAAUGGUGAAGGCCCAAGCAGCCAGCAGGCUUUGUUUGUGUCUUAAUGGUGCUGACCCCUCAGGACAGCUGGUGUUCCGCUCCUCAGAUAUCCUAUGGAACCUGCUAGAAAAAGCCUCAAAAGAAGAAGUUGUCAAUCAGCUCAGAAGCUUGGAAUGUGUACAUGCUUUGAAAGAAGUAUUUGUAGAUGUCACAUGUGGCUUCCAGCACUGCGAUCACCAGCUACGGAAUGACCUCUUGGUGAUUGCCACAUUACUAGCUGAAAACCCUGCAGUACCUAUGAUUGAAAGUGGAUUUGCAAAGGUCUUAAUAGUACUUGCAACAUGUACUGAAGUUAAACUUCCCAAUCCCUUGGUAAAGGGUUUUAAACUUACCUACUCAUAUGAGGAUUUUGAGAUGAAGAAGUUACUAUUUAAUGUAUUACAGAUCUUCUCUAGAGACCCAUCUGCUGCACAGCUCCUCAGUGAAAAUCAUGUAAUGCCAGCUUUGCUUUAUUAUGUGAAACAAAAUCGAAAGUCUGGAUUUCCUGACUGGUCUGCUGCCCAAUAUGAAGAAUUACAGCUUCAUGCACUUGCUGUUUUAGCUUCAGUGGCUCCUGUGUUAGUAGACAAAUAUUUGUCCUGCCAAGCGAAUACUCUUCUCCUUGUGUUUCUAGAAUGGUGUGUAGGCCAAGAUCCUUUCUUUGGACAAGGUAGCAGUUUCCAUGGAACAGGUGGUCGUGGCAACAAACUCCCGCAAAUGCGCUACAGCCUCCGAGCUCUGAGAUCUGUUGUGGCCCUCUAUGAUGAUGCUGUGAGCAUUAAUUUAUGUGACCAGGGAGCAAUUAGCCAGCUACUGGACAUCUUAAAGUAUGCAGCAGACAAAUCUAAAGAAAAAGAAGGUACCGUUCUACUGGAAAUCCAAGCUGACAUAUUAUUUAUUUUAUCUGUUCUCUGUGAAAAUGAUGUCCACAGAAAGGAACUCUUCAGCUGUGAAGGAGUUGGUAUACUCAUCUCAUUCUUUAAGAUGGAUCCAAGGAAAUUAUAUUGUGCAUUAUCCCACAAUUGUCUCCUCCUCAGUGCACUCGACUGCUUGUGGUCCUGUGUCAUUGGAUGUUACAUUGCAGAGGACUCUUUUAUUGAAAAACAGGGCAUUUUUCUCCUUCUGGAUUUGUUGGCAUUAAAGGAAAAGAACCUGUGCAAUACAAUUCUUGGAAUCUUGGUUGAACUUUCUGACAACCCUAAAAUGGUUUUGCACAUGAGUGUCUGGCGAGGGAGGAGAGAUCAAACAGCAGCUAACCUUCUAAUACAGUUAUGGAGACAGGAGGAGCUGGACUUGGGAAUCAGACGUGAUCAAUGUGGAAUGAUUAUUGACACCAAGAGACCUAUUACUACCAGCUUCCAGAAACAGCAAAAGGUCAUUCCACUGCCUGCCAGCUGUCCCACUUUUGCCAUCAUGGAGAUUUCAGAGAGCAUAAGGGCAAAAGUUUAUUUAUUAUUUUGCAAGCUGGGUUUUGAAAAUUUGCCUGGCCUAUCUACUAAGGAUUUUGUUACACUUACUAUUAUACAACAUUAUAUUGACUUUAAAAUUGGAGAGGUUUGGAGUGAAAUAUCUGCAGAAAUAAAAGAAGAAUUCAGGCCUGUUACACCAGAUGAGAUAAACUUGAAACAUAUUUCAGAUGUGUCAGAAAAUACUGGAAAAAUGGUUGCUUCUCUGCAGAAUGAAUUGCUUGAAAGACAAUACCACCAGGAAAUCCAAGAAGAGAAAAAAAUUUACAAGAAAAUCCAAGAUACCCACACACAGAGAGAACUGAUAAAUAAAUCUUGGGAAAAUUUCUUGUCUCGGACAUCAAACUAUGAGGCAUUGAAGAAAGCAAAAAUGCUUCAGGAAACAUUAAUAGAGACUUCCACAUCUAAGCUAAAUACUCAAAAUGGACCAGAACAUGCUAUUGAUAUUCCAAAACUCCAUACAACAAUCGGACCGGGUCGCUUUGUUACUGUGAAAAGUGUGCCUCGUCAGCAAGAGCCGCUGGCUGAUACAGACCAUGCUCCUAGAAAGUCCUCUGUUUGUAAAGGAGCCUUAAGAAAUAUCAAAAGAGAUAAAACACUGGACUCAGUCAAGAAAAAAUCAGUACCUGUAGAAUAGAUGCUGUUCCAAAGAGUAAUAUAUUAAUAUGUAGUUACCUAUAUGUAGACACAAGAUAAAAUAUGUUUUUAAUGGCUUGAAAAAUUGCUUAGAACAUCAAGAGUAAUAUUAUGUCUUCCCUUAAUUAAUAUAAUGUGGGGAUGUUUUAUUAAUAAAGUCCCCUGUACAGUAUGGGA